CAGAAAUAUAUAACCUCAAAAUCUGGAUAUUUUAUUUCUCUUAAAAAAGUUAUGGGAAAACAUAGUGGAAAUUUAAUGGCACAAGAAUUGCUAGACUCUAAAGAAAUAAACAAUAUACUUAAGUGUGUUCAAAAUGGAAGUACAUUAGAUGUAAAGGAACUACUUAGUAAAUACCCUCACAUUCAUUGGAGCUCCAUACAAUAUGACAAAACUGGCGAUACAAUACUUCACUGUGCCGCUAGACUAGGAAACAAUCAAUUAAUAAAGUUCUUGCUACAAAAUUUUCAGCCUACUGCUGUAGAUUGUAAGAACAGGGAUGAUAAAACAGCCUUACACGAAGCUGCACAAUGUGGUCAAUAUGAAACAUGUAAGUUGCUUCUAGAAUGUGGCGCAGAUGUUAAUGCAUUAAAAAGGGCAGACUGGACACCUAUUAUGUUGGCCUGCACAAAAAUAAACGGACUUGAGAAUUAUAAUAUUAUCGAAACGUUUUUAAAAUAUGAUGUAUGUGUAAAUCAUAGAAAUAAAGACGGUUGGACAUGUUUCCACUUAAUUUGCAGAGAAGGUGAUGUUGGUAUUCUUGAGCUAUUGUUGAAAUCUGGUUUAGAUCCACAUGUAACGACAAAGAAUGGACGAACUGGUUUGCAUAUUGCAUCUCUACAUGGACAUUUGAAAAUUGUAGAGGUCUUACUAACUUUAAAUAUUGAUGUCAAUACAAGAGAUAACAGUGGCAAUACUCCUUUACACGAAGCAGUUCUUGGUGGUCAUAUUAAUAUUUGUGAAAGACUUAUUCAAGCGGGGGCUAUAGUAACUCAUAGGACCAAUGGUGAUUAUACAUCGUUGCAUUUGGCUAGUUUACAAGGACACGUAGAGAUUAUAAAAUUUCUUUUAAACUAUUUAGAUAUUAAUGAAUCUAAUAAUAGUGGCUUGUCACCUUUACAUUGUGCAGCCAAGAAUAAAUGUAAAGAAGCUUAUGAUGUAUUAAUUCAAUAUGGAGCUAAUGAAAAUUUUGUAGAUCAUUUUGGCAGAAAAGCUUCAGAUUAUAUGGCACUUAAGUAAAA